AGAAGUUACAACACARGACAAGAUGGGAAAACCAGGAUUUUCACCGCGAGGAGGGGGUAGAGGUGGAGGCAGAGGAGGAGGAUUUGGUGGAAGAGGUGGUCGUGGUGGAGGCAGAGGGGGUGGUCGUGGAGGAGGAMGAGGGGGGUUUGGAGGCAGAGGUGGACGUGGAGGAGGACGAGGUGGAAUGAAGGGAGGUGCCAAAGUGACAAUUGAACCACACAGACAUGAAGGAGUUUUUAUUGCAAGAGGUAAAGAAGAUGCUUUGAUAACCAAAAAUCUUGUACCUGGAGAAACAGUAUAUGGAGAAAAGAAGAUAUCUGUUGAUGGAGUAAAUGAAGGAGAAAAAAUAGAAUACAGAGUGUGGAAUCCCUUCCGAUCUAAACUUGCUGCAGCUAUUCUUGGUGGUGUUGAUAAGAUUCACAUGCCUCCAGGAAGUAAAGUACUUUAUCUGGGAGCAGCUUCUGGAACAACUGUUUCUCAUGUAUCUGACAUCGUUGGUCCUGAGGGACUAGUAUAUGCAGUUGAAUUCUCACACAGAUCUGGCAGAGAUCUUAUUAAUGUAGCAAAGAAAAGAACAAAUAUCAUUCCAAUAAUUGAAGAUGCUCGACAUCCUCACAAGUACAGAAUGUUAGUUGGUAUGGUGGACACAAUAUUUGCAGAUGUAGCACAGCCAGACCAAACCCGUAUCGUUGCAAUCAAUGCACACAUGUUUCUUAAAAAUGGAGGGCACUUUGUAAUAUCAAUCAAGGCAAACUGUAUUGAUUCAACUGCACAACCAGCAGCAGUAUUUGCAGGAGAAGUAAAAAAGAUGCAAGGAGAAAAAAUGAAACCACAAGAACAGUUAACUCUUGAACCAUAUGAAAGAGACCAUGCUGUUGUUGUGGGUGUUUACAGGGCUCCUCCCAAGAAGACAUAAAUUUACCCAAACACAUACUCACUGCUGUAUUUUCUGAUAUCUUGUUAGUGUAUUUUAUUUGAAUAUUGUGUUUUAGUCAAAAAAAUWAAAAUGAAUAAAAUCAAAGAUUUGAAGUGCCUAUAAGCCUUA